AUGGAUAAGGAUAAUUUGAAUAUCAAUUUACAGGAUUGGUUGAAUGAUCCGAUGUUGGCAGCUCAGCUGAAUCGAGCUCAAUCUUCAACGCCGACAAUUUUCAAUGGUAUGGAUGAUACAGCGAACGGAUCUUCUGUUGUACAACAGAAAAGCGAUCCGACAAAAACGCAACUUCAGUCUGUCGACAAUGCUUCGGCAUCAGAAUUAUCUAACUUUCUAAUGAACUCUCGGCUUAAUUUGGGGACGUUGAUGAAAUUUGUGUGUAUAGAAUUCUUCAAAUGUAAUAAGGACGAAUUGGCCAAUCUUAGGUUGCUAGAUUUGACCCAGGAUUCUACUUUCCCACAAACCUUGACGUUAAGAAACAUGCAAACAGAGAACUCGCAUUACAAGUUUUUCAAUACAAUAAAUAGGGAUAAAUCUAUCACUAGUUGUCCCGUAUUCGCAAUUGCGUUGUAUUCUUUCAUCACUUGGAAGCAGACAGCGAUUUCAUGGAAAAACUUCAUGAAUUUGCCGCUUAUCUUUGAUUCAAAAGAUAUAAUCAUGUUACAAGGGAACAACCAACUUCGGCUACCCGUAUACACCAGUAACAUGAUACGGUCCACUGUGACGCCGAAAAAAGAGAUGCUUAGUUUUGUGUUUCCCUGGUUGCCAGCUCUUGAGAGGGAUUACUUAAACCACGACAGAUCUAACUAUAUUCUUUUCUCCAUCGUAGAGUUAUUCUACUUUCUAGCGAAAAUAGUUCUACAAGAUUUUGCCUUCUUGCAGUGUACAGGACAACUACCGCAUUUACAAGAAUUGAUUAAAUCAGAACUAAGUUGGCAGUUCCUUGAAUCAGACGAUUGGAACUUGUUCAAAGAUGAAAUGCAACGUCAAAUAGAUAAUGAACUACUUCAGAUGGACUGCUUCAAUUCUGUGUGUGGUAAAAUUGAGGAUAGAUUCACAAAGCUCUCAAAGGAUUUGGUAACAGAGAACGAUAAAUUGUCAAAUGAGUUGCGCACAAUGAAGUCCCAAAUGGCAUCGAUGACUGCCGUGGUCAAUCAAAUUUUCCAUACACAGAGACAACUGUUAUCGUACCAGAUACAUAAUCCUGCUAACAAUAUAACGAGUACCAUGGCUAAUUUUAACAGCCAGGCUAUGAACUCAACAAACAAUGUGACGAAUAAUGAAAACAAUAAUGUGAAUUCCAAUACAAUGAUUAAUACCAGCAAUAAUACUAUGAUUCCAACCUCAAAUACAAAUCCAAAUAUUGCAUACUCCGUCAACUAUUCUAAGAUGAUGAAUGAUAAGAGACACAUAUAUAACCAACCUAUGAAUUCUAUCAAGAGAAUGAAACUGGAUGGGAAGGAUAUGUCGAACUUUGAUAGCUCUUCAAGAAGAUUAUCUCAACCACAACCCCAAUCCCCAUUACAAAUCGGUUCUCCAUUGGAAGCAUUGCUCUCGAAGCCAAUCCCGUCUCCAAAAAUCACUGUUUCUAUGUUGAACAACUCAGUUGCAUCCCCUCCUCCGAACCCGAUGGCAAUGUCACCUUUGCCAUAUAUUUCAGAACCUAUUGAAUUGAAUAACAAUGGCAACAGUAUAUCUGAUGGUGGUCAACGUAACGUAAACGUUGAACCUUCAAGCUCAUUGAACCAUGUGGAAAAUGCGUCAAAUGUUAGGUCAAAUGCUCAGACUACAUCGAAGAUUAAUUCAUUGGGUAGCAAUGAAAAGGAUGAGCUCCGUAACGGAAACGAUUCAGAAAAUGAACCUAAGGUAAUGACAAGGAAUAAUAGCAAAGGGAAAAGAACAGGAAAUCCUAAUAUGGACAUCAAAUACAAGCUCUCUCGCGAUAAUAAAACAAUCUGGGAUUUAUACAACGAAUGGUAUCAUGGCCUAAACGGCAAACUGUCCAUCAAGGAAUUGAUUGAGAAAUACGGGUAUAGAAGGUGGAAGGUAACAGAGGACUCUCAUUUCUUUCCAACGAGACGUAUCAUCAUCGACUAUAUCGAAACUGAAACUGACAGAAGUAUUAAUUUGAAGAGGUUUAAUCUCAACAGUCCUCUACUAAAGGACAGAGACGCUGUUAGAAAACAUAUUGUGAAAGAUUUAGAAACUUUCAGGGAAGAAAACGGCCUAACUUUGAAUUCACUUUCUUUAUAUUUCAGAAACUACACUAGAUGGGGCAAAGAAAUAUGUAUAUAUGAUAACUUCAAAGACUGGUCACUUGUUACCAUGAAUGAGGAAGAAAAGGUCAAAUACUGCAAACGUAAGACAUUGUCCUCAAAAGAAAAUAGGGAUGAUAAUUACUCGCAAGAUGACAAUGAGUGA